CGUGAAUGAAGCAGAACAACGAGUUAAACACUUUAAGAAGAAUUGCGGAGUCCCACAUCCGAAAAAGAAAUUGAUGCACAUGAAUUCCAAGUCGACAGAGAUGGACGUCGCUGCUCUCCAAAGGCUCUUUUCGACGUGCGACAUUAAUAAAUCGGGCAGGAUCGAAUACGAAGACUUCACAGUCGUUUGCAAGGAGCUCAGUGUUCCCAACGCAGAGAUCGGCGCUUUGUUUAAGAAGUUUGACGUGGACGGAGACGGAUGCAUUAACUUUGGCGACUUUUCGUCGAGAUACAAUGAGGUUUCCGAAACUCUGGAUAUCGCCUCACUGGGGCAGGUUCCUAGAAGCGCUUGGGAGGAAUUUGAGGAAAAGCUGGAUGGUGGGACAGUCUAUUUGGGAAGGAGCCGGGAAGCUAUGGGGGAGCUGCAUCAGCAGAUCUGCGCCUUGGAUCCCUCCCUGCUCCAGCAGUACGAGGAGCUGGUCAGGGCACUUGUGGGUGAGAAGAGGGAGCAUCAGCUGGAGAACCAGCAGCUGAUGAACAGCCUGAGACGGGCGGAAGAGGCGACGGCAUGCCAGCUGGCUGAGAUGGAAGAGGACCUGCAGCAGCAGCUUGUCCUGCUCGAGCAGAGGGUGCGUGAGGAGGAGCACCUGAAACUGGAGACGGUUGUCGCGGCGAUGCAGAAGAAACAUGAGAGCGAAGUGGCAGACGUGCAGGCUGCUGUCGACGCGCUGAGGAAGCUCCAGGACGACUCCCAGCAGCUCAGUCCCAGUGUGGAUGUCCAGCGCCUGAGGAGCCAGAUCCGGGAGAUGACAGCGGAAAAUGAGUGUCUGCGGAGCUCACUCAACCACACCCAGACUACAGUGUCCGUCCUGCAAGCCGAGAUGGACAGACUGAAGAAUGAGAGUUCGGACGAAAGGUUGCAGCACGAGCGGGAGACGGAGCACUUGAAAGCCAUGUUGAUGGAGUGUCAGUCCUAUUCCGGUCACAUAGCUGUUCUCCAGGAAAUGAACAAGAAAUUGUAUGACAGCAAUGACGGCUUGCGCUCUACCUUGGCCCAGAACAUACUUGUAAAUAAUAGGAAGUCUUCCAGGAAAGAGAGUUCAUCCAGAAGGUUGAAGCCCAUUCGACAGAGUACGCUGAAACGCAUCAGUUCUGUAGAUGAGAGCAUCGAAAGUGACCCCGGUAAGGCCAGGUACUCCCACGUGGCUUCCUGGGCAGAUAAAUACUUGGACAGUGGUGUGUCCAUCACCACGGAGACGGCAGCCAGCUCGUACGACAGUGACGACAGCCGGGAGUCCAUGGAGACGGUGCACCACAGCUACUCCUGCGCGUUCUCCGACGCUGAGGUGUCUGAAUUGAAGUCAGAGAUGGGGAUUUCAGCAGCAGUCAGCCGGUGCGGCUCCAUCGCCUCAUCCAUCCGCAGGCGCCUUUCUGCCUUCCCCGCGCGGCAUGCCGAGAAGGACAUCCCCGAUGGUGAGGUGACAGGCCCUACGUACAGAGUGGUCCUGGCUGGAGAUGCCGGGUCUGGGAAGUCCAGCUUCUUACUGAGGCUGUGCAAGAAUGAAUUCAGAGGAGACAUUCAAACCACACUAGGAGUAGAUUUCCAAAUGAAGAGGAUGCUGGUUGAUGGGGAGAAGACUACUCUGCAGAUCUGGGACACUGCCGGACAAGAGAGGUUUCGCAGUAUUGCACGGUCGUACUUCCGCAAAGCCCAUGGAGUUCUCCUGCUGUAUGAUGUUACAUCAGAGUCCAGCUUCCUCCACAUCCGGGAGUGGGUGGACCAAAUUCGCGAUGCUACAGGUGAGCUGCUGCCCUUGUGUAUAGUUGGAAACAAGGUGGACCUGAGGGUUGAGCAACCAGCAGGUGGCAGUGUUAGCAGACUGAAUGGAGAAAAGCUAGCUAUGGCGUACAGUGCCCUCUUCUGUGAGACAAGUGCCAAGGAGGGCACCAAUGUGGUAGAGGCCGUCCUUCAUCUCGCCAGGGAAGUGAAAAAGGAUGAGAGGAUGAGGCGGAAAUCUGAGCCCAAGGUGAAACUCAGCAUAGCAGAUGGGAAGAAGGCAGUCAGCAAUUGCUGCAGUGUGUAGAUGGACCCUGGCGCCAUCUAGUGGUGGCCAAAUGAAGCUGAAUGAACCCCUUGCUGUAUUUUCUGACCCCACUAGAUGGUGCUGUCUGUCCAAAAAAGGGCUCAAAGCAUGUUCUGAAACAACCCAACAGCACCACCUAGGGAGGUUAAAUAAUACAGCAAAUGGUUCAAGAAGCUUCAUUUGGCCAUCACUGCCAUUCCUCCUGUUGAAGUACAACAUUGUCGUUUCUGUGUAAGGAAGUUUUCAAUUGCUAUACUUUUUAAUCCCCAAGUAAUUUUAUUAUUAUUAUUAUAAUUAUUUAACCAUUUUAAACUCUACACUGCUGUUAAAAAAAUGACUGCUUCUGGAGGAUUGUUCCAAGAGUGUCCCAAGUGUUGCAAGGAGAUUGAAACCAAUUGUAAAAACAGAAGCAUUUCAUGAAGAAUGUGUAACUUUUAUUCGAUUUUUGGCAUAUUGUAUGUGAAUUCUGUGUAUGUUGCGUAGAUUUUCCGUUUCCCUGCAGAGAGUUAUUUUAGUUUUAUAAAUAAAAAUGUCUGUCCU